AUGUUGGAUGGAUACGCAAUUCCUCAUGAGAAUGAAUUUAACUACAAUGAACUUAUGUGCUUGUUCAAAGAUCCUAAUGAUGCGUUUAUUUCAAUUUAUAGACUAAAAACGUUCAAUGAAGAAGAAAUCAACAAAAUAUAUCAGGAUCUUAAAAUAAAACUAAUCGACACAAAAAUUGUUUCACCAACACAAAUAAUUAACAUAAUAUCAAAUGCAGCAAUGUACAAUAAUCGAUAUUUGAAAUCAUACUGGAUGCUAUUAAAACAGAUAUUUGAAGAAUAUCAGCCAAUGUAUUUAAACUUCAACUCUUAUGUUUGGUAUUAUUUUAUUGAUAAAGAAAUUGGAAGUAUUUCAGACCAGAAAUUUCAAAGAUUUUCAAAGUGUUUUUACUACAUUAAUUUAACAUUAGAUGUUCAUGACGAAAACACAAUAUAUCGAGCAAUUAUGGAGGAUGAUAUAAAAUCUUUUGUUUCAUUCACUGAAAGAGAAAAUUUUAAUAAAGAUAAAAUAUUUGCUAGUGAUUUAUAUCCAUUAAAUAAUGAAAAUGAAUAUUCAUUCCUCGAAAUGUGUUGCUAUUAUGGAUCAACCAAAUGUUUCAAGUUCCUAAGAACAGAAUUUGGCUGUGAAAUCACAAAGACAUGCCUUGAUUUUUCAUUUCUCAGCGGAAAUCCAGACAUCAUGAGUGAAUGUUUGAAAUUUCAAACACCUGAUCAGUAUACUAUGGAAUGUGCAAUUAUUUCACAUAACAUUGAUUUUGUAUCAUUUUUAAUUAAUGAAUUCAAUUUACAAAUCGAUCUAGAAAAUUGUUGCGGAUUUAGUAAUCUUCAAGCAUUUUUUGUUUAUCUGGAUCAAACUAAAGACAUCAAGAAAUGUUUUGUAUUAUCAACAAUCUUUAACAUGCCGAAUCUUUCUAAAUAUUUUAUUUCACAUGGUAUUGAUAUAAAUACUGCCGAUGAAUGCGAUAAUAAAACUGCCCUUCAUUAUGCUUUAAUGUAUAAUAGAAAAGAAAUUACUGAAUUUCUUCUAAGUUUUAAUUCGAACAUUAAAUCAAAAUGUGAAGAAACACCUCUUCAACUUGCAGCAUUAUAUAAUAGUGUUGAAGCUGCUGAAGUUAUUUUUACAUAUUCAAUACUAACUAAGAAAAAAAUGAUUAUCAAACCAGGCAUUUUGCAUCAAGCAGUUAAGAAUAAUAACGUCGAGGUUGCCCAGCUCUUAAUAUCGAAUGGUGCAGAUGUCAACGGGAAAGAUUUAUCUUCAAAAACACCACUUCAUUAUGCAAUGGAGUAUAAUCGAGAAAAAAACAAUAUCGAGAUGAUAAAUCUCUUAUUAUCAAGUGGCGCAAAUAUCAUCGAAGAUAAUAAAGUAAACUACAUUCGAGAUGCAAUUGAGAGUUUCAAAAAAGAAAUUAUAGAUAUCUUUAUUUCUUAUGGUGCAGAUAUUACUUCGGCUGACAAAUUCAAAAAUACUACAUCUCUUAAUUAUACCAUUAAAGAGAAACAUUUGGAUUUUGUUCCAAUCUUACUUUCAUAUGGUUUCAAUAUUAAUGGAAGGAAUAAAUUGGAUGGAAAAACUGCUCUUCAUACAGCAUUAGUGUAUAGUCAGAGUGAAUUUAUAAAACACCUCGUUUCUCAAGGUGCAGAUGUCAAUGCUAAAUGUGUCUACAAUUGCACUCCAAUUCAUUAUGCCAUGAGACUUUAUAAUAAUAAAGAAGUUGUAGAAUUCCUUAUUUUGAAUGGAGCUGAUAUUAAUGAAAAAGAUUGUUAUGGGAAAACUCCACUUCAUUCUGCAGUAGAAAUAAAUAAUAUGAAAAUUGUAGAACUACUUAUUUUGAAUGGCGCAGAUAUAAAUGUAAAAAAUCAACAAGGAUUAAAAGCUUUGGAUAUUGCAGUACGUCUUAACUUUACAUCAAUAGUUGAAUUCUUAUUUUCACAUGGUGCAAAAUCACAUUAUAAUGAUUGCCAUAAUAUGUCACUUCUUCAUCACGCUUCAAUUUCCAAUCAUGAAAUAAUGGUUCAAAUAUUAAUUUCUAAAAGAUUUGAUAUAAAUGGAAAAGAUGACGAAGGAAAAACUCCUCUACACUAUGCAGCAAUUCAUACGAAUCAAAAAAUUGUAGAAAUAUUAAUUACACAUGGUGCAGAUGCAAAUGUUAAAGAUUGUAAAAAUAAAACACCACUACAUUAUGCUUCUCACGAAAAUAAUAAGGAAAUUACGGAAUUUCUUAUUGCACACGGAGCAGAUAUCAAUGCACAAGAUAAAGAUGGAUCCACACCAUUUCAAAAAUCGAGCCGGAGACUUUUUAAAAGCGGAAUAAAAUUAUUCUGCAAUUGCUGCAAUGCGGAAAUAUAUUAA